GAAAUGAUAACUUGAGAGUUCAACAGGAGAUUUGAAAUUUAUGACUUACGAGUCCAUAAAAGAGCUACAGUAUAUAAGACUGAACCUCUGGGAUGAUCUGAACACAGGGGACAGACCGUGAAGAUGAAGCUGUUUGCUGUCAUCACCCUUUUUCAGCUGGUGGCUUUCUGUGCAUAUGCUACAGAACCGGUCAUCAACCUAAAAGAGAUAGUAGAGAAAAGUAUACAUACUAAGAAAGCACCUCUUUUGAACCCACUUCUAGAGGGUAAAAUCCCACCUCUUAUAAACAAUGGUCCAGUUGCUGGCCCACUUACACCUCCAGAGCUUGAGGAACCAAGAAGAAGAAGAAGAAGAAGAAGAAGCAGAAGUUCAAAUCUAUUUGGCGAUAAUGUCAAUCUAAACUGGGUCAAGUGGGAUGGUUCUCUUCCCCAAGGUGCAGUUGGCAUCUAUAAUGGGUAUUCAAAGCGUUCUGAUUACGUCUGUAAAUACAAAUGUGAUGCAGGUUUUUACACUCCCAGCAAAGGUCCAUACUGCAACUACCCCUAUGGUGAUAAAGAAUAUCAUGCCCGUACGUUUGAGGUUUUAGUCAAUGUAGACAAUUUUGAGGUUGUGGAGUGGAAGGAAGGUUCAUUUGGAUCUGUGCCAGAGAAUGCCAUUAGGACCUGUGGAGGUGUUGGCACUUUUGUUGGUAAGAACAAGUAUGGGCUUGGUAAGGUUGUACCUAAGUUUACAGCCUUCUUCCUGCCAUGGGAAGGUGAUGAGUACUGGUACAAGUACUAUGAAGUCUUGGCCAUCAACCGUGAUGUCUAUAGCCAACACAUCUCCCAUGUUGAGUAUGGUAUUAAUGAAGUUGAGCUCUUCCACUACCCACCAGAGACCAUGAGGAUCUCCAGUGUUGCCAACAAUGACUGCCAGACAAUAACCAAGACUGUAACCUUCUCCAAGACCACGGAGGUGGAGAACACCUGGAACAUUGGCCGUACCACUAUGCUUGGUGUUACAGCAGGCAUCACUGCCGAGAUCCCUAUGAUUGGCAGUAGUGGAGUGAAAUUCACUGCAGAGAAGUCCUUGCAGCUUAACCGUGGCACUACCCUAGUAGAAGCUUUAAGUCAUGAAUUGUCAGUUAAACUAACAGUGCCACCCAAUCACUCUUGCACUGCACGCAUGGAGGGACGAAAGAUGACUGCUGGCAUCCCGUUUAAAGCAAGGCUCAGCCGAACAUAUGCCAAUGGAGAGACCCAAUGGACCUCCAUCAUUGGUGUCUAUGGUGGCAUUCAGAUAGAGGUCAGAGCAAUGGUGGACCGCUGUGAACCUAUUAUAGAUUCUGAGCCAUGUCCAUCAGCUUUAUAGUGCUAUUAAAGUUCAAAGAAGCCAGUAACCAAUUACUAUCUUGUAACAUGCCAGUAUAAUUGUUAUAUAAGUUCAAAUUGUUAACAGCCUAAAAGAUAGGUUGAGUUGUAUUUCUUGUAGACAAUAAAUCAUACAUAUGUGAACUAACACCCUAAGAACUCCUUUUACUGUAAAUUGCUUGAAAAAUAAAGAGAUAAAACAACCAAA